AUGAGCCCCUCUAGCGACAAUGGCGCCCCUAUCGAGCCCGUAGAGCAGCACCAGGAGCACCCGCAAGGGCACCAGCCAGAGCACCACCAGCUCCCGCCCCAGCCGAGCCCCCCGAUCAUGGAGGCCAAAUCAGAGCAGCCCAAGGCCCCGGCCAGACCGGCGGUCCAGUCGCGCAAGUCGGGCAUGAACGGCCCGCUGUACAUGCAGACCUCGGGCAACAAGGUCUUGAUCCGGAGAGUCAGGAGGAAAGGAGACGGGCCCAUGAAGAGCUUGUCGCGCUGGUUCUUGGAGAACCAAGCUGGGCUCUCUUUCAACCUCUUGGCCCUCCUCUUCCUCACGCACUUCUGCAUGUCCAAGGCCCGCCCGUACACGGCUCCGUUCUUCACCCUGUCCCACUAUAACCCGGAAACUGGCCGCUAUGCCGCUGGCAAGGGCGACUUCUUCUUCGUCUUUUUCUGCGUCGUCCUGUUCACCGGCCUGCGUGCUGGCUGUAUGGAACAUGUGCUGGCACCGUUGAGCAAGAAAUGGGGCAUCUCCAAGAAGAAGGACAUCACGAGAUUUGCCGAACAGGCUUGGUUGUUGAUCUACUACCUGGCUUUCUGGCCCCUCGGCUUUGUACGUUGCCGCCCUCACCCCAGAACUGACGACGAGGAAGCACAGCUGACCAAGAAAACGCAGUACCUGUACUACAAGUCAGACUACUACUUCAACCUGAACGAGUUGUGGACGAACUGGCCCAUUCGGGAGCUCGACGGUACCAUGAAGGCGUACAUGUUGGGCCAGUGGGCCUUUUGGCUGCAGCAGGUGCUUGUCAUCCAUAUCGAGGAGCGCCGCAAAGACCACUGGCAGAUGUUGAGCCACCACUUUGUUACCAUUCUCCUCAUCUCGAGUUGCUAUGCCUACCAUCAGACCAGAGUCGGGCACCUAAUCCUUGUGCUGAUGGACAUUGUUGAUCUCUUCUUCCCUCUCGCCAAGUGCCUGAAGUAUCUUGGUUACACCACACUCUGCGAUGUCAUGUUUGGUCUUUUCGUAGUGUCCUGGUUUCUAGCUCGUCAUGUCUUCUACAUGAUGGUUUGCUGGAGUAUCUAUGCCGAUCUGCCUAUCGAGGUUCCCGAUGCUUGCUUCCGGGGUACCGGCCACAAGUUGUCUGGCCCAUUGGCCGUACCUAACAACUGGGGCUACCUUCUCGAGCCUUUCCGGGAUCCUCAGGGACUUGUUUGCUGGAAUUCGAGCAUCAGAUGGGGCUUCCUCUCUUGCCUCCUCUUCCUGCAGGUCCUCACCCUGGCUUGGUUCACCCUGAUCGUGAGAAUGGUCAUCCGGGUCCUGAAGGGCGGCAACGCAGACGACCCUCGGAGCGACGAUGAGGCCGGCGAGGACGAGGAGGAGUCAGAGUACGAGGAAGCACACCCGCUCGAGGAAGAAGUUGGUGUUGAGGCAAUCGACCUGAAGAACUGGGAACGCCGGGCAGGAGUCAAGCGAACCGCAACGACAUCGGGGGUCAAUCUACCUGGGCACAGCGAUCGCAAGGAGUUGUUGGGCAGGAUCGGUUGCGAGAAGCAAGUGGAGUGA